CUUUUCCUCUGUAUAACUUUGUUAGGUAAGUUAUGUCAUCAGGGAAAUACUUGGAAACUUCUUAUGGGUGGCUGGUUCGUUUCACGUUCGUUGUUCAUAGGCGGCAAUUUCUGCCUCCUACGGGGAGCUAUAAUAAAAGGUUGUAACGCAGAUGGAUUCACAAGAACUGAAGCUUGAAGAAAGAAUUUUAAUUUCUAGCGAAAGAUUGUAAGAAAGAUUAAGUGAGGGGUAGAAGGAGAUGGAGAGAUUACUGAGUGAUAAAUGGGAUGUGAAGGCGAAGCAUUCGUCGUCGGAGGCGUUGCAGCGAUGGAGGGAUCUGUGUGGGGUGGUGAAGAAUCCCAAGCGCCGGUUCAGGUUCACCGCCAAACUCUCCAAGCGCGACGAGGCUGCAGCAAUGCGCAAAACCUAUCAGGAGAAGUUGAGAAUUGUUGUCCUUGUCUCCAAAGCUGCAAUGCAUUUCAUAACAGGCAUGCAGCUUGGUGAUUACACUGUGCCUAAGGAAGUUCAAGCUGCAGGUUUCCAAAUAUGUGCCGACGAAUUAGGAUCCAUCGUUGAAGGUCAUGAUGUGAAAAAGCUAAAGCUUCACGAUGGGGUUUCUGGUAUUGCAGAAAAGCUCGCUGUGAAUGCCUCUGAUGGCCUUUCUACUGAUGCUGAAGCGCUGAAUCGUCGGCAGGAGAUAUAUGGGAUCAAUAAGUUCCAAGAAAGCAAAGCUCAGAGCUUUUGGGUGUUCGUUUGGGAAGCCCUUCAAGAUAUGACUCUCAUGAUCCUUGCCGUCUGUGCCUUGGUCUCUCUGGUUGUAGGGAUAGCAACCGAAGGAUGGCCAAAGGGGGCUCAUGAUGGUCUUGGGAUUGUCGCUAGCAUAUUGCUUGUUGUGUUUGUCACAGCAACAAGUGACUAUCGGCAGUCCUUGCAAUUCAGGGAUUUGGACAGAGAAAAGAAGAAAAUCUCUAUUCAAGUAACAAGGAACGGUUGCCGACAGAAGAUUUCUAUCUAUGAGCUACUCCCUGGUGAUAUAGUACAUCUUGCGAUUGGAGAUCAAGUCCCUGCAGAUGGCCUUUUUCUUUCAGGGUUCUCUGUUUUGAUAGACGAAUCCAGUUUGACAGGAGAGAGUGAGCCGGUGGUUGUGAAUGCGGAAAAUCCGUUUCUGUUGUCGGGAACCAAGGUCCAAGAUGGCGCUUGCAAGAUGCUGGUUACGACUGUCGGCAUGAGAACACAAUGGGGGAAAUUAAUGGCGACGCUUAGUGAAGGAGGGGACGACGAAACUCCGUUGCAGGUUAAAUUAAAUGGAGUGGCGACGAUCAUUGGAAAGAUAGGCCUCUUCUUUGCUGUAGUGACUUUUGCCGUUUUAUUUCAGAAAAUGGUCAGUCGGAAAUGGCUAAUGGGAACAACCUUCAGCUGGUCCGGAGAUGAUGCAUUAGAAUUAUUAGAAUACUUUGCCAUUGCUGUAACCAUAGUUGUUGUUGCAGUUCCCGAGGGGCUUCCUCUAGCUGUGACGUUGAGCCUUGCAUUUGCAAUGAAAAAGAUGAUGAACGAUAAAGCGCUUGUGCGGCACUUGGCUGCUUGUGAGACUAUGGGAUCAGCGACGAGCAUCUGCAGCGACAAAACAGGGACUUUGACGACCAACCACAUGACGGUAGUAAAAUCAUGCAUUUGCAUGAAUGUGAAAGAGCUGAGCACACCGGACGAUGCUUAUGAUCUUCGCUCUGAACUCCCCGAGUCCUUAGUCAAAAUUCUGCUCCAAUCAAUCUUCAACAACACUGGUGGAGAAGUUGUGGUUAACAAAGACGGAAAGCGCGAGAUCUUGGGGACACCAACAGAGACGGCUAUUCUGGAGUUCGGUCUAUCUCUCGGUGGGGAUUUUCACAUGGAAAGACGAGCAUCUAAGGUAGUGAAAGUCGAGCCGUUCAACUCCACAAAGAAGCGGAUGGGAAUCGUUUUGGAGCUUGCUAAAGGAGGUCUAAGAGCUCACACUAAAGGUGCCUCAGAGAUAAUUUUGGCUGCCUGUGACAAAGUGAUCAAUUCAAACGGUGAAGUUGUUCCCAUAGAUGAAGCAUCUUGCAAACAUCUGAAAGAAACAAUUGAGCAGUUUGCUAAUGAGGCUCUUCGAACUCUCUGUCUUGCCUAUACAGAACUUGAAAACGGGUUCUCUGCUGAAGACGCUAUUCCAGCCACAGGAUACACUUGUAUAGGAAUUGUAGGAAUCAAAGAUCCUGUACGUCCCGGAGUCAGGGAAUCCGUUGCGCUGUGUCGUUCAGCUGGCGUGACUGUGAGAAUGGUUACCGGAGACAACAUCAAUACAGCAAAAGCUAUUGCUAGAGAAUGUGGAAUACUUACCGACGAUGGUAUAGCUAUAGAAGGUCCCGUUUUUCGCGAGAAGAGCUUGGAGGAAUUGCUUGAACUGAUUCCCAAGAUUCAGGUGAUGGCUCGUUCGUCCCCACUCGACAAGCAUACAUUGGUGAAGCACUUGAGAACCACAUUUAAUGAAGUUGUUGCUGUAACGGGCGAUGGGACCAAUGAUGCUCCAGCACUUCAUGAAGCAGAUAUCGGACUCGCUAUGGGCAUUGCUGGAACUGAGGUGGCGAAAGAGAGUGCUGAUGUCAUCAUUAUGGAUGAUAAUUUCUCGACUAUUGUGACUGUAGCCAAAUGGGGUCGUUCCGUGUAUGUAAACAUUCAAAAGUUCGUGCAGUUCCAGCUGACUGUUAACAUCGUUGCAUUGGUCGUGAACUUCUCGUCAGCUUGUUUGACAGGGAGCGCUCCGCUUACUGCUGUUCAGCUUCUAUGGGUCAAUAUGAUCAUGGACACACUUGGUGCACUUGCGCUAGCAACUGAGCCUCCAACAGAGGAACUAAUGAAGAAAUCACCCGUUGGGAGGAAGGGAAACUUCAUCAGCUGUGUCAUGUGGCGGAACAUCCUAGGCCAAUCCUUGUAUCAGUUCCUUGUUAUAUGGUUCCUUCAGGCAUAUGGAAAAACAUUUUUCAGACUUCAUGGCUGCUCCAAUUCUGACUUGAUCCUCAACACGAUUAUUUUCAACACAUUUGUCUUCUGCCAGCUGUUCAAUGAGGUGAACUCCAGAGAAAUGGAGAAAGUAAACGUGCUCAAAGGCAUACUAAGCAACUACGUAUUUGUCUCAGUUCUUGGUUCCACCGUCCUCUUCCAGAUCAUAAUCAUUGAAUACCUCGGAACAUUUGCAAACACGACUCCUCUGACAUUGAUGCAAUGGCUUGUCUGUGUAUUUAUCGGAUUCCUAGGCAUGCCGAUUGCUGUAGUAUUGAAGCACAUUCCUCUGAAAUGUGAACGUGCAAGCAGUGCUACAUUCUUGUACAUGUCCCGUUUCUUGAUGAUGAGCCAGAGGAAGAAAGACAUGGAGGUGAGCCAGAGGAAGAAAGACAUGGAGGUCCCAAUUCUUGCAAGUAUUAUCAACUGAAUCUAUUGCAAGAUUCAGCAAUUUCUUGCCAGCUUUCCUGGUUUUUACAGAAUCCUGGUAGGAACCAAGUCUAAGCAAAGAUCUUGCACGUAAACAUCAAGACAUUGUCGGCACUCACAAGAAAUCGAUCAUGUAUAAUUUUUAUGUACAGUGAAAACAAUCCACCAUGUUUAAUCUAGUACUAUAUUUAUUUAUCAGGCGUAAUUUUUAUGUACAGUGGAAAAGUUCACAUCCUAUGCCCUUUACUUAUUUAUUCAUUUUCUUGUU